GUCUCCAGCCAGCAUCCCUCUCUUUACACCACACCACAGCAUCCGCUAUCCAGCACAGCUCCUCUUGUACCGCUAUUCUCCCCACUGCAUUUUUUGUGAUCGAGCUGUCAAUCCCGCAUCAUCGCCAGCCCAGCCCAGGCCAGCUCACUCACCGUCACUCCCUGGGAGCGGACAAACAGCACCUCGACGCCAGAAAGCAGCACUGCCAAACACCCGACAUUUCAAGCAAGCUACAAGCGUGGAACCCCAGCUCUGCAUUGACCACGAGCCCCAACCAUAAGCUGCCCGGCAGCCUCAGACCGUCGCCAUGGUUCUCAUCGACGAUAAAGAAGUGCUCAGCGUCGAGGAACAGCGUCUGAAGGAGGACCGUGAGCGCACCAAGUACUGGAAGAAAUAUGGUCCAUAUACCGCUGAGCGACAGUGGUCCACCGUCCGCGAGGACUACUCCUCCGAUGGCAAUGCAUGGAGCUCCUUCACCUAUGACAUGGCUCGCGCCAGGACCUUUCGCUGGGGCGAGGACGGCAUUGCUGGCGUAUCAGACACUCACGGCCGCAUGCACAUUGCCUUUGCUUUCUGGAACGAGAAGGAUGGUCACAUCAAGGAACGUUUGUUCGGUCUUUCGAAUCCUCAGGGCGUGCACGGCGAGAGCAUCAAGGAAUGCCAUUUCCAUCUCGACAACACCCCCACCCACUCCUACAUGAAAUACCUCUACAAAUACCCGCAGCGCGCCUUCCCCUACGAAGACAUCAUCAAGGAGAAUGCUCGACGCAAUCGGCGUGACCGCGAAUACAACCUGAUUGAUACGGGAAUUUUCAAAGACAACAAGUACUGGGACAUCUUCAUUGAGACCGCGAAAGAGCAUGACAACCCGGAUGAGCUGCUUUUCCGAGUGACGGCAUACAACCGCGGUCCAGAGCCCGCGAAGCUGCACAUUCUGCCACAUGUAUGGUUCCGCAACACCUGGGCUUGGGGCUACGAUGAUUACAAGCCUACCAUCAGGCAAACGGACUCCUUGUCGGCCGAGAUCGACGACAGAGAGCUCGGCAAACAUUACUUUCAAUGUUCACCAUCUCCAAAUUGCUGCGGUCGUAAGGAAGACAUCGAACCCGAGUUCCUCUUCACCGACAAUGACACCAACUACAAGGCGCUCUACGGCGCAUCCAAGAACAAGACACCUUACGUGAAGGAUGCCUUCCACAGGCGCUUGAUCAAUGGCGAUGACAAGGCCGUCAAUCCUCAGAAGACUGGAACCAAGAGCGCUGCCUGGUACGCUUUCAAUCAAGGUGAUGGUGUACCGCCUGGCGAGUGUGCAGUCAUCCGUAUGCGCAUUUCCACCAAGCCCAGUGAUAGCUACCUGGACGAGGAAAGGUUCGACGAGGUCAUUGAGCAGCGUCUUGCCGAAGCCGACGACUUCUACUUCAAGAUCAAUCCCAUGCCAAUGGCCGACGAUUUGCGCAACAUUCAGCGACAAGCUUUCGCCGGUAUGAUGUGGUGUAAACAAUACUACCACUUCAUCUGGGACCAGUGGGCCAACGGUGAUCCGGCCAUGCCUCCUCCCCCACCAGAGCGAAAGGCAGUGCGCAAUGCCCAGUGGAAGCACAUGCAUCUGGACGAUAUUCUCUCCAUGCCUGACUCCUGGGAGUAUCCAUUCUUCGCCGCGUGGGACUCUGCUUUCCACUGCAUUCCGCUCUCUAUGAUCGACCCGGAAUUUGCGAAGAAGCAGCUUGACCUCUUCACUCGAGAAUGGUACAUGCACCCCAACGGCCAGCUACCUGCGUAUGAAUGGAACUUUGGCGACGUCAACCCUCCCGUGCACGCUUGGUCGCUGUUCCGAUCAUUCAAGAUCGAGCGAAAGAUGUAUGGCCGAGAAGACUUGGACUUCCUUGAGCGUGUCUUCCAGAAGCUACUUCUGAACUUCACCUGGUGGUGCAACCGCAAGGACGUCAAUGGCAAGAACAUCUUCGAGGGGGGUUUCCUCGGUCUUGACAACAUUGGUCUGUUCAACAGAUCCGAUCCACUGCCUACUGGAGGCACUCUCGAGCAAGCCGACGCCACUGGCUGGAUGGCAUUCUACUGCUUGUGCAUGCUCAACAUUGCACUCGAGCUUGCCAAGUACCGCAGAAUAUACGAGGACAUGGCAUCCAAGUUCUUCGAGCAUUUCAUCCUGAUCUCCGACGCGAUGCAAUACCGCAAGGGCUCCGAAGCCAAGUCUCUCUGGAACGAUGAAGACGGCUUCUACUACGAUGCAAUUUCGUGGGGAGGUCCAUAUACUCACCAAAUGAGAAUCCGCUCCCUGGUCGGUCUCAUCCCCAUGUACGCUACUCUGACACUUGAGCCUCAAGUGAUCGACCGCUUCCCAGGCUUCAAAAGACGUCUCGAAUGGGUCAUCAAGCACAAGAAUGAGAUGGUCUCGCGAAAUAUCGCCAGCAUGACCAAGCGUGGUAAGGAUAACAGACUACUACUGUCGCUUGUCAACGAGGACCGUCUACGAUCGAUUCUGAAGUACAUGCUUGACGAGAAGGAGUUCCUGAGUCCAACCGGCAUCCGCUCAUUGUCCAAGUACCACAAGGAUCAUCCCGUCUCGAUGGAUGUCAACGGUCAGAACUACUCUGUCAGCUACAUCCCUGGUGACUCUGACAGUGGCCUCUUCGGUGGCAACAGCAACUGGCGUGGUCCGUGUUGGUUGGCUGUCAACUUUCUGCUUAUUGAGUCGUUGUUGCGCUUCUACAUGUUCUACGGCAAUUCCUUCAAGGUCGAGUGCCCGACUGGCUCAGGCGACUACAUGCAUCUUGGUCAUGUUGCCGAGGAGCUUCAACACCGAUUGCAGCAUUUGAUGGCUGCCGAUCCUUCUGGACGCCGAGCCAUCCACGAUGGAAACGACAUGCUCGACUUUGACCCUCACUGGAAGGACUAUCUCUGGUUCUUCGAGUACUUUGAUGGCGACACUGGUCGCGGUCUUGGUGCUACACAUCAAACUGGCUGGACUGGUCUCAUGGCCAAGAUCAUCCAAGACACUGGUGUGAACUGCCGACUGCCACAGACUCCACGCACGCCUGGCAGUGCAGCUGCCCACUACUUUGACGACACCUUCACCCGCCAACGUCGCGCGUCGAUGACCAAAAAAGCCACCGACCUCAAGCGCUCCCUGAACAGAACCCGUAGCAUAGGCGCUAGGAGCGACUUCAGUGCUAACACCAACGGAGACACUGUCGGCGACGACACCACCGGCGAGAACGAAGCCGAUGAGGUCUUCUCUAAUGGAGACGGCAAGGUCUCGCGCUCAUGGUCCAUCUACAAGGAAGACGCUUCCCAAGGCCGUGGUCCACCAGCAGUCGAGGAUCCCGAUGAUCCAAUCAACAAGUACGUGCAGGACCAGCUUGCGCGCAUCAAGAGCAAUGAGAGUGCCGAACUGGCUGAGGAGCUGGCAAGUCAGACUGACGGCAUCAAUGAGAAGGACUUGUGAGGUUUUGCGGAAUGAUGAAAUCCUUUGAUUCUUGUACCUACCUACGUUGGGAGGAGGUUUGGUGACGACUUAUGGACAGCAUGCAUGAUGAUGGACGUGAUGCAUUUUGAUAUACACCUAGAUGCUAGAUUGAGUUGAAGAACCUAGAUGUGAGCAUGAGAUGAUGAAGAGCUCGCGG